CUGUUGAAAAGGCGCUUCCAAUCUGUAGAUUGUUUUGAAUUUGGAUCAUCUUAAUUUAAGAUUCUUAAAUGAUCACAACUCUUUGGUCACUGAGUCUUAAUAACAAGACGGUUUUACCUUUCAACGAGUGAAUGAUUAAUUGAUUGUGAAAAUAGAUUAGUGAGUCAAUGAUAUAAAAUAAUUUGUUUACUAUUUGCAUCUGUGAAUGUCUCAUAGUCUCAGUUGUUAAUUUGAUCUUUUAACUUUCAAUAAGAAUUGGAUUGAUCAUAAUAAGACUUGAUUCUGUUGAGCUCUUUUUUUUAUGUUCUAAAAUCGAUUGUGAUUAAGUCUCUCCUUUUUAAAUUUACUUCUAAUUGUUACUUUGACAUGUUUUCAGAUGAUUUUUGUAGUGAUAAUUUUGAACAGCAAAGUGGUUUUGUUAAAUUCAGUGAACUGAUCAAUAAUGAAGAUGAAUCGGUUGAAGAGAAACCCGAAGAUGAACCAAUUAGGAAGUCAAAAAAGCCGAAAAUUAUGAUUCGUGUGAUGACUCAAGAGACACCAAAUCGAAAUCCAUUGGCAUUGAUUAACGAAUUGCGACCUGAUUCCAAAUGGCAAUUUACUGAUGAAAUUCCAGGAAAAUUUGGAACCUCUUUCAAAGUAGAGCUUAAAGUUGGUACUCAUUCAUUUAAUGGUGUCGGUAAAACCAAGAAAUUAGCUAAAUAUGUCGCUGCCAAGGAAGCACUUAAAGACUUAUUCGGAAUUAAUUGUUCUGAAAUAAUCGCUGAACCAACUAAGACCAUUGUUGUUGAACCAAAUGAUACUCUGAUUUUGGACCAGAAAACAGCUGAUAUGAUUGGAUUUGAAGUUCUCAAUGCAGCAAAACUUGUCUUUGAACAAUUAGGCGAUUUUAAGAAAUGGAAUGUCCUCUCAUCCAUCGUAUUGACCAGUGAUUAUGACCCUAACUGGUUAGAUAUCAUUUGCUUGACCACCGGAACCAAGUGUAUCAAAGGCGAUCGCCUCAGUAUGACCGGAGCAACGGUUCAUGAUUCACACGCUGAAGUUUUAUCGAGACGAUGUUUCAUCUUAUAUUUGUAUAGACAAUUACUUGGUAUAAUUGACAACAAUUACCAAGAUCGACCAGAAUUUAUUUUGAAACAACGAGAUGAUGGUUAUGGUUUCUGUCUAAAGCCUGGAAUUAGAGUUAAUUUAUUCAUAUCAACAGCUCCAUGUGGAGAUGCAAGAGUUUUCAGUCCCAAAGAGGAAAAUGAUGGAGAUCCGCAUGGGAAUCGCUUGUCUCGAGGUUUACUUAGGGCCAAAAUCGAGGCUGGAGAAGGUACAAUUCCCGUUAAACGAGGGACAAACACUUUGACUUGGGACGGAGUUUUACUCGGUGAACAGAGAUUACAAUUCAUGUCAUGUUCGGAUAAAAUCGCGAUCUGGAAUGUGGCCGGAAUUCAAGGAUCUCUUCUUUCUCACUUCAUCGAACCAAUUUAUCUCAAUAGUGUUGUUCUCGGUUCAUUAUUUAACUAUUCUCAUUUGGUUAGAGCGAUUCAUGGUCGAUUGAAUCUUAAUUAUGAUUCAGAAUCAUUGAAAAAAUUAUCUUUCAUGUAUAAAGUUAAUCUAUCAAAAGUUGCCAAAUCUCAAUCUAAAUCUGAUGAAUUCACUCGUCAGGUAACUCGUUCACCUAAUUAUGCAAUUAAUUGGAUUAAAGGUGAUCCCUGGCCUGAGAUAAUCUCAGCUGAUACUGGUAAAGUGUUUCAAAAUGAAGAAUUAGUCUCUCGAUUAUCGAAGAAAUCAUUUUUCCAAUCAUUUCGAACAAUUUUAGGACGAAAUUCACCAAAACUUCCAACCUCACCUUUAGGCCUUUUAAUCCCGACAAUUUAUCGAGAUGCAAAAACCUCUGCAAACGAUUAUGUUCACGCUCGUCUCAUGGCAAUUCAAGCAUUCACAGAACAAAAUCUUGGAGAUUGGAUACAAGUUCCUGCAGAAGUUGAUCUAUUUGGUAAUUAAACAAAAAAAUCAAAUUCUAAAAACAAAUGACCGAACCAAAUUGUCAACCAAAAACAAACAAAAAACUAACGACAUCCAAUCAAUCAAGAGCA